AUGAAGUACACUGCUGUCCUCCUCGCCGCCGCUGCCGCCACGGCCUCCGCUCAGUGCAUCACCGACAUCCCGUCGUGCGCCCAGCCCAUCAUCGUCAAGGCCGCCUCCACCGCCACCACCUGCGCUGCCGACGACUUCAAGUGCCAGUGCACCAAGGACAACCAGAGCAAGAUCACCGGCGCUGCCACCGCCGACGUUAUCAAGGCUUGCGGUGACGACGUUGCCAUCAACAAGGUCCUCCCCGCCACCCAGGCCUUCUGCGCCGCCAUCAACGAGGGCAAGACCUGCUCCACCGGCGGUGGCUCCGGCGGCUCCGGCAGCUCCAGCAGCUCCGCCGCCUCGUCCUCGAGCUCCGCCGCCAGCUCCUCGUCGGUCGUCUCCAGCGUGUCCUCCUCGGCCUCGGCCUCCGCGACCAAGACUGGCAUGUCCACCACCACCUCGGCCCCGAGCAAGCCCACCGGCGCCUCCAACGGCACCACCACCAGCAAGCCCACCGCUGUCCCCACCGCCGGCGCUGCCGUCCUCGGCUCCAUCGGCACCGUCGCCAUGCUGGCCCUCGGUGCCCUCGCUGCCUUCUAA